AUCGUGUAACGCACAGGUCCAGAUCUUGCUGCUAGUUUUUAAAAAGUGAACAAAACCUGCUGCUAGUUUUUAAAAAGUGAACAAAAGACAGCGUAGAAUUAUUAAAUUCAACCGCCAUUACAUAACACUACAUUUUUUUUAUUCACUCACUCCGUUCUCUGCUCUUUUUCUUCUUCUACCCCCACACCGGAGGAGAGAAAACCAAUAUCACUCUUCACCGUUAGGGUUAGGGUUUCGGUUUCCCCCUAAUCCAAUCGCGCAGCAGCAGCAGCGAGAUGGGCGCCAAUUCGUUGUCAUCGGCGGAAUCAACCCUCGAUCUCGACGAGCAGAUAUCGCAGCUCAUGCAAUGCAAGCCACUCUCCGAACACCAGGUUAGAGUUUUAUGUGAGAAGGCUAAGGAGAUUUUGAUGGAUGAAAGUAAUGUCCAGCCUGUGAAAAGCCCCGUGACAAUUUGUGGUGAUAUCCAUGGGCAGUUUCAUGAUCUUGCUGAACUAUUUCGAAUUGGAGGGAAGUGUCCAGAUACUAAUUACUUGUUUAUGGGUGAUUAUGUGGACCGGGGUUAUUAUUCAGUUGAAACUGUAACACUUCUUGUGUCACUGAAAGUGCGAUAUCCUCAGCGAAUUACUAUUCUUAGAGGAAACCAUGAAAGCCGUCAGAUCACUCAAGUAUAUGGAUUUUACGAUGAAUGCCUCAGAAAAUAUGGUAGUGCUAGUGUUUGGAAGAUCUUUACUGACCUUUUUGAUUUCUUUCCGUUGACUGCAUUGGUUGAGUCCGAAAUAUUUUGUUUGCAUGGUGGGCUUUCACCUUCAAUUGAGACUCUUGAUAACAUAAGGAACUUCGAUCGUGUUCAAGAGGUUCCUCAUGAAGGGCCCAUGUGCGAUCUGUUGUGGUCUGAUCCAGAUGAUAGGUGUGGCUGGGGAAUUUCUCCUCGUGGUGCUGGAUAUACAUUUGGCCAGGAUAUAUCCGAACAAUUUAAUCACACAAACAAGCUUAAGUUAAUUGCUAGAGCUCAUCAGCUGGUUAUGGAUGGAUUUAACUGGGCUCAUGAACAAAAGGUGGUUACCAUUUUUAGUGCACCUAACUACUGUUAUCGAUGUGGGAACAUGGCCUCCAUUUUAGAGGUUGAUGAUUCCAUGGGCCACACAUUUAUCCAGUUUGAUCCUGCUCCCAGGAGAGGAGAACCUGAUGUCACCCGUAGAACGCCUGAUUACUUCUUAUGAUGUUGCUGCUGCUGCAUAUCAUACUGGGGUCGCAGUUACAUCUCAUUCUGCACAAAUUUCAAGUAGUUUGUGCAUCCUCAUCCUCGUUGAUGAGAUUGCUGUAAGGACUUAAAAUCUUUGGGUAUGCACACCAAACUUUUUUGGUGAUUGCCCAAUACCGUACUAAUGUAAAUUAGGCGAGAAACAUUCCAGUUUUUUGUGACGCUCAAGAACUUGCUGGACACCCUAUUGGAGAAGUCUCCUAGAUGAUGGCCAUGUCAGAAUAUGUAUUAUUCCAGUGACCUGUGGAUAUAUUUUUUGUGUUUCCCCAUCUCUAGAAGCAAUGACUGUGUUUCCCCAUCUCUAGAAGCAAUGACUUGGAUUUUAUAUUUCUGUUGAUGAUUUGCUUUGCUAUGUUCUAUCAAUUUUCAGUAAAAGUUGCAUGAUAAUAGUGAUUCAGUUUUGUUCUUUACUAAUUAUGUUCAAUUUCAUUCCUAGA